CUCAGAUCUUCGGCUUUUCCUUUUUUGUGGCCUUUUUUUCUUUUUCUUUUUAUGUCUUAACAAGUUCCAGCAUAAAGCUACCUAGGUACCUACUUUGUAGGUGUCGAUACCUAAGGUAGCCAUAGGACUGAGCCACAAGAAGACUGUGGCUGAAGCUAGAGUACAUAGGUACCUAAGUACUGCGUAGGAACGUGGAUACUUGCCGACAGUGGAUGCUAUUGUGGGUCUCUCUUUUCCAGUCGCGACCAAAGAAACCCGUCGCAAUCCCCAAAGAAAACAAAGGACACACCUCCAGCAAAAACAACUUGAAGCUUGGUUGAACACCAGGAGCUGCCUUUGCAGCAUACCGGCUUUACUAACCCUUAGGUACGAGGCAGCACGUCGACAUCUACAUAUACCUAGUUUGAGGCAAUUGUCUGCCAGAUUGCAGAUAAUCCGCAGCCGAGCAAGUCCUCUUCUCCCGCCAGCUCCCGCUCCCAAAUAAACAAAGUAUCACCAACCCGACACUCUCGCCGCUGUCCAUCCUCGCCAUAUCGGGCCUCAGACACGCACCCUGUGGCCAUCCUAAUGGCUUCCACCGCUGCCUCUGUGGCUGUCUCCACCCCGACCAAGAAAACUCCCACAAGGACGCCCACCAAGCCUUCUGCUACUCCCGUCACAGAUAGCCCAGGCACAUGGCGACAUCCCCGCAUCGAAGAGAUCACAAGACGGCAAGAAGCUUCGGCCUUCACUGAGAAGAACGUUAGGCGCAUACUAAUCAACGUCUCGCUCUUAAUCUUUCUAUUUCUCCUGUUACCCCUGCUCAAAAAGGCCUUGCCUCCCAGGCGUUCAGUGCCUCAGGCGUGGACCUGGUUUCAAUACAUAUCAUACAUCCUUUAUUCAGUGCCCCUUGUCAAUAUUGUUCUUAAUUUGGCACCGUUGUUUCUAACCAAAGAUGAUUGUUCCGACAUUCCUCUCACAUCAGGCCAACGAAGACUACUAGGCCUUCCUCCCUUAAGUGCGCCGCCGACACCUGGCUCUGAAUAUAGCACACCACCCCGAUAUACCCGUACACCAUCUGCCUCAGGUUCGGCAAGGAGCCGGCGCAGCUUUUCAGGCUCACCCAAGGUGCCGCGUAGUCCGUCAAAUCAAGGAAGCCCUACUCCGGCAGGAAAUGGAUCAAGCUUCGCAUCACCAAGUUACCACCUAUUGCAAAAGGCCAUGAAUGGUGCACGCCAUUCCUCGCGCGGGUCAAUUGGGUCAAUAGGGUCACCAAGCCCUGUGGGGGGUAGUAUAUCGUCAGGCGUGUUAACCUUCGGCAGCGGUCCUGAAAGCCCUAGUCCAAGCCCAGCAGGGAAGCGAAGUACUGUAGGUCUGAACAGCAAAUGGCGCUAUGAGAAAGGCAUGCAUGAGAGGGGCAAGGGUUUCAGAGAGCUAGAUGCAUAGUCCGUGUAUACAUGAUGAAGGCUGUUCUCUGCGAGUUCGUAGAUGAAGCUCUCUGUAGUUUAAAGCAAUUGUAACAAUAAGGACAGUAAUGAUGCUGGAAAUAUGACCAAUCCGGCUGACUUCUAGCUUCGUUCAAACACGGCUUGUGAAAUUCCAGACUGCUUUGCUUGUUUCUUCAUCGCAGAAGCCUAAAUGACGAGCGAUUAAUAACAAUGAUUCAACUACUUUAUUGUCCAGCAAGAGGCAACGUUAUGGCACGACUGAACACCUGAAUAAUAUGAGAUCCCGCAUUAAAUCACAGUCGGUUUCGCAUGCAACAAUAGAU